AUGGCAAGGUCAAGACUUACUUCCCUGCGACAGUCGCGGUCUACCGAACGGAUUCAGGAUCCCAGUUACGAGCGGCCGCGCUUUCCUUUACCCCCUGCCCGCCGAGAGGAGCGCGAGGCGGCUGCCAUCAAGCUGCAGGCCGUCGAGCGUGGAAUUCUGGCCCGCUCACGUGUGCAGCGCAUGAGGGAGGCCUCCACUCGUGGCUCUGCCAAGGACACAGGCACAACAGGCGCGACAGGGACAGCGCUUCCUGCGGAUGCCUUGGCCUUGCAGGUGCCGGGGAUUCUCGGCCAGGGCGCACCUUGCUCGGAGCGCCCGCCACAGAUCUGGAGGCACUUUGGUUGUCACCGUUGGGACUGUGGCGAUCUUGGGGGAGAGGCAGAGGCCUGCAAUGGAACAAGCAGCAGCAGCUUGUGCAGAGCUCCAGACUGGCGCUGCUCAGAAGGUAGCGAGAUUCAAGAACAUGGAGCCUUCGCCUGUAUUGAUGGUCGCUGGGCAGAUGUGCUGCCACUAUGCUUGGGUGACACCUCACCCGAAUCGCCUGGAGGGACCUGGAUGCAACUCGAGAGCGCCGUCCGGGCGGUACUCUUCCAGCUUCGCGUGUCCUGGAUCCCUGCGUCAGUUUACGAGGUGGACAUCUGCUCGGGCAGGAGCAGGACAGGUGCAUUGCUUCUGCCUUGCGAGCGCGUGGAUUUCGCAACCCUGAUCACCAAGAGCGUCUGGCCGUUGAUACUGUUCAGCUUGCAGGCAUCCCUGUGCUCACCAGCUCUGCCACUGGAGCUUCCAACUCUCCUGCCGAACCAAUCCUGGGCCGAGUGUAACGGCAGGUUAUCGCGAUCAGGCGACCGUCUUCGCUUGGCCGGAAUGUCUGCCGACUUCCGUGAGGGAUCGGGUGAACCCCAGCUGCUGAAGCUAUUUCUGGAAGCCAUUCCCGGUCGUGGCACAGAUGCGGAACUGCUUCGCGCAGAUUUGCUUUCCUUGUUCAACGCCUUUGGUCGGGAGUCUGGUCUAACGGUCCCCAGCUCCGAAUGGCACUCGGCAAGCGGACUCCCGCGAGAAGCGCUUUGGUUAUCUGAAGGACUUCAGAGGCUCCAAGCACACCCAACUCUCUUCAACAUUCGGGCGGACACGGAAUUCUUUGGCACAGACUGGCUGCCAAGUCUGCAAGUUUCCCUGCCCAAGGAACCCUACAUCAUCAACAGCCACCGCCUUCCUGGCUGGAUCCUGGAGACUGUGCCAACUGUCGGGCCAGACAGGAGCCUGGAAUCCCUUCAGAUGCUUCAGGGGCUGGAGGAAAUCGCUAGCAUUCUUUGCAUUUGCGUUCCGGCUGCCGCCUGGAUGCUGAUGCUGAUCCUGCGCUGCCUGUGGGACAUGAUCUUCGGAGGAAGAAGGCCCUGGAGCUUCGGAAGUACGGCCCGGAGUUUGUGCAGAUUGGCUUUGUUGAUGCAAGCGGUCGAGAUGGCUGUCUACACACUGGCAGCUGCUUUGAUCGCGUGGGUGAUGGACGGAACGGACUGGGUCUUGCUGUACGAGCUCAUCUUGCAGAUCCUCAGUCCCAGUGCGGUGCUGCUGCUGCUCCCAUCGCUCGCCUUCGGGCCCUCGGGCCUAGCGACCCUCCAGCUGCUCCGGGCACCGGCACAUUGCUUGCCAGGGCGCAGCCGUGUGUGCUGCUGUCGCCUGAAGCGUCAGGCUUGGGCGCGGUUCUUUGCCCUUUCGGCCCUUUGGCAUGCGCUCGCCUGCUCAGCUGCGCUGACGGAGGCUGUGCGACUUGUCAGUGCGGGGCUCGGGAUGGAUGCGCCCGGCUUUCAGAGAGCUCUUCAGAUGUGCCGCUGGGAUCUGGAGGACCGCUGUCAGUCCAGCUCAUGGAGACAGGUUCCAGACACGCGAUGGGAUCUUCACCUGCGUUGUGCGCUGGCAUGCUCUGACGUCACGGUUUCGAUCGACGACAUCGUCUUGGGCGCAAUGUUCGUGAUCUGCAAGUUGGUUGCUAUUUCUGCAGGGUGGUCACUCCUCGCGAGGCUAUGGUGCCUUCACCUGGCUUGGAGAUUGUUGGUGCUGGCUGCGCAGCUUGCUCGAGUCCCAAAAGUACCCCAGGAUGCCUCGCUAGACAGUGCCACGGAGGUUGGUGAGCACGGUGAGCCGGCUGCAGAGGUGCUGACACCAUCAGCCUUUCAACAGGGUGUUUCCGAAGCUGUCGAUAAGGUAAGUGCUCGCACGCACAACGAGGAGCCACAAGCACCAAGCCCAGUUGCAAGGAGAGCGUUGUCCGAAGCUGGCGAAGCUUCAAAGUUGCAGGUCCUUCAAGCAGUGAUGUCGUUGGAUCGCCCUCCAUCGCCGUCUGGCUCCGCGGCCAGCCUGGACUUGAGUGACCGAGCCGAACGACCCUCGGCAGAGACCUUGAAAAAUAUGCUGGAGAACCCUUUGACGGACGGGCACGCAGAAUUGGUCGAUUUUGCUCGAGCCAUCGCCCGGCAAUGCAGCAAGGGCAGCCAGGCCUUGUCGGAGGCUUCAGGGACUUCCUCCGGCAGAUCCAUCACACGGGAGAGAUGA